GGCAAUUUGACAAUGUCUGGGGUGCGUUUCUCAUCAUUCAAACGCAUAUUAUUGUUCCAUGACUGCAGUGUGUUGGCACCUUGUCUGACAAUAGGGAGUUAAAUUCUUGAGUGAGUUGACUACCUCCACUUACCUGGGAAGUCGGGCCAGCCCUAGUGGAACAAUGAUGGAUAAAUUCCCUGCACAGAUACAAAAAGGUCGAUUGGCUUUUACUCACGUAUGCCAUCAAUGGCCCCGCUAUGAUACACGAUUGGGUUUUAACGGUCAAGUGUACUAUAUUGCGGUUCGUUUGGUCCUAUUAUAUGGCAGUGAAAAACGACCAUUAAAGGUAGGAGAUACGAAAAAGUUUCAUUCAGGUGUUCGACCAUGGUUGCUUUCACAGCAUGAGCCGUGUGAUAUGAUGUCGCCACAGCAGAGUGAAACAGUUGUCCAAUGCUCCCAGUUUUUCAAUGUUUCUCAGACUGAUAUCAGCCUGUGAUGAAUACCGAUAUGAAAUCAAUAAGGAUUAUAGUCUUGAGAAUAAUUAAAUGCAAUAACGUGUCACUGCCUAAGAAAAUGAAUCUUAAAAAUUAUGUAAACAGUUUCAAAUGACCAAAUUUUAAAGUCAAAAUCAUGUAGAAAUA